GGACGUCACGACUCCGCGCAGCGCCCGGUACGAAAAUGGCGGCCGCCUGCGGAGGCGCUUCAGGUUCGGGCGCGCUGCUGCUGCUGCUCGGAGGCCGCCUUCUCCGGAGGAGCCGGAACUCCGCUGGCUACUCGACCGCUCGGGCGGCGGCCGGCGGCCGAGGCAAAGGUGCCUUGGUACAAAGAGGAAGGACCUCACAAAAUGACAAAUACUGGAGAGAGACUGCAGCUCCCAGAACUGAGAAGAUGGAGGUUCAUCAGGAUUGGACCAGUGUGUAUCCUGUUGCAGCUGCUUUUAAACCUUCCUGUGUGCCCCUUCCUCUUCGAAUGGGCUACCCAGUGAAAAGGGGUGUACCUCCAGUAAAAGAAGGGAACCUGGAACUCUUGAAGAUCCCCAAUUUUUUGCAUCUGACACCAGUUGCCAUCAGAAAGCACUGUGCUGCUCUUAAAGACUUCUGCACAGAGUGGCCAGCUGAUGUUGAUAAUGAUGAGAAAUGUAUGCAGCACUUUCCCAUUGAAGUUGACACAGUAGAUUACAUUUCAGCAGGCCCAUCUGUUCGCAAUCCUAAAGCAAGGGUGGUGACCCUAACAGUAAAGCUUUCAAGCCUUAACUUGGAUGAUCAUGCAAAGAAGAAGCUCAUUAAACUUGUAGGAGAGAGGUACUGCAAGGCCACAGAUACCCUUACCAUCACAACAGACAGGUGUCCUUUAAGAAGACAAAAUUAUGACUAUGGAGUAUACCUUCUGACAGUUUUAUUCCAUGAAUCAUGGAAAACAGAAGAGUGGGAAAAAGAAAAGACGGAGGCUGACAUGGAGGAAUACAUCUGGGAGAACAGCGCCUCUGAGAAGAAUGCUUUGGAGACACUGCUUCGAAUACGAGCAGGUGACAAAACGGAAGAAGUCAGCAGGCAGGAGCUUCUUGCCUCACAACAAAUUCUGGCCUACAGAAAGUCGGUGGUUGAAUUGAAAAAUGAAGGAGAAACAGAUGAGAACCUUUCGAACUAUAAAAAUUCUGUCAGGAGACUACUAAACAUGAGUGAAUUGCAGUAAAGAGAAUAUUUCAGGCACCACAGGCCCAUGAAGAUGUACAUCAUAAAGUUCAGUGGAUCCAAUUUAAACCUUCCUACUUUCAGCCUGCAUUCCCUCCAAAUAAAAAUACACUAUCCCAGAGCACUGACUAGCUUGACCACAGUUACUCUGUCUUCUCUUCUCCAGUAGUUGGAUGUUCAAGGGAUCAGCAGGAUUGCAUUCACCCUGCAAAUAAAUCUGCAGUUGUGUAGCUUUCAUGGAAGCCUUGUUUCAGCCUUACAUGUCUAUAACUGCAUACAGAACGUAGAAUCAGAGUUGGAAGGGAACCUGAGGAUCAUCUAGUCCAAACCCCUGCAAUGCAGGAAUGUUCCUUAUGUUCCUUAUGUGGAUGGAACCUGCAACCUUGGCGUUAUCAGCACCAGGCUCCAACCAGCUGAAAUGAAAACCUGUGCAAAAGCCUAGAGCCGAGGGGGGGUGGGGAUUUCAGUGCCCCCAGUGACUGAUUUAGUGAUCAGUGUUACACUGGAUCCUGUCAAAAAAUAAUAGCACAAUAGCUGUCUUUCCUGGAAAGACUUUAAAACCACACACACACACACAAUUUGGGGUAGGUUUCAGUUGCCGUAUCUGGUAAAAAUUGCAGAAGUGUUUUUCUCUCAGCAGAGGGAAAGGGAGUGUCAAACAGGCACAGACAUUUUUUUGCAGGUAAAACGUGGCUGCUUGACAAUGUAGUAUUCUCGGGUCUUUGUCUUGAGAGCGUGUAGUGGCAGAUUAUGCCCUAAGGACUGCAUUUUUAUCUUUUGAAACAAGCUGCUGCUUUCUGCGUUUAAGUUAAGCAGCAGAAGGCCACCGUCUCCCCAGUGAAAAAGAUCAACUUUAGGGGCUGAAAGUACCAGGACAGGGUUGCCAAUGGCUUUGGGGAAAUGGCACCUGCAACUCUCUGAAUCACUAACAAAAACAUGGGAAGUUGCCCAUGGUCCAUCUAAUUCAGUAUUUUUAUUUAUUUUUAUUUUGUAAAUAAAUUUUUAUUAGUUUUUCACAGUUACAUUUUUACAAAUAAAAACAAAUACCUUUUCACAAACCUUCUCUUUGAGAUUCUUUAAAUCUCUGGACUUCCCUCCAUACCCUCUUCUGGUUUCUUAUAUUAACCAAUUUCUUCUGCAUAUCCAUUCUUAAACUUUUUUCAUUAUUAUUUCCCUUAAUUUUAUCUAAUUUUCUACUAGUUGCAAGCGUUUAGUUAAAACCCUGCCAGUGUAUCAACUUGUUUACAGUAUUUUUGCACAUAAACAACAAACGAUUCCCACUCUUUUAAAAAUUUCUCGUUAUUGUAGUCUCUGAGCUUUACCGUUAAUUUUGCCAUUUCUGCAUCGUCCAUUAGCUUGAUCUGCCAUUCUUCUUUUGUCGGUGUCUUUUCUUCCUUCCAUCUCUGGGCUGACAAUAUUCGGGUAGCUGUUGUAGCAUACAUAAAUAUUUUCUUCUGUUCUUUAGGUAGUUCAGUUCCUAUCAAUCCUAAUAAAGCUCCUGGUUUUUAAACAAAAGUUAUUUUAAACAUUUUCUUCAGCUCAUUAUAGAUCAUUUCCCAGAAGCUUUUAAUAACUUUACAUGAUAGAACGUACCCUCCUUUUUCUCUGCAUUUCCAACACUUAUUGGAACUUGUUCUAUACAUUUUAGCAAGUUUAACCAGAGGUAAGUACCAUCAGUACAUCAUUUUCAUAUAGUUCUCUUUAAGUGAGAAACAUGCAGUAAUUUUUAAGUCCGUCCUCCAAAGCCUUUCCCAAUCACUCAUUUGUAUACUAUGCCCCAUAUCCUUUGCCCGUUUUAUCAUUACACACUUAACCUCUUCCUCUUUGGUUUCCCAUUCCAACAGCAAAUUAUACAUUUUUGACAGUAAUUUUGUAUUAUCUUCUACAUUUCUCUUUGAAAUAUUGAUAUUGUGUAGCUAAAACCUUUUUUUAUCAUUUUUAAAUUUUUCAUUUAUUUGAAAAUACUGUAACCAAACUUUUACUUUCUCUCUAAUUUCCUCAAAUUCUUUUAGCUGUAAUUGGUUGUCCACUUCUGUUAACAGCUCUCUAUAUAUUGGCCAUUUAGUCUUCAUAUUUAACUUUUUUUUAAAAAAAAGAUACUGCUUCUACUGGGGAUAUCCACCAUGGUAUUUUUUGUUCUAUUAAAUCUUUAUCUCUCUCCCAUACCUUAAAAAUCACAUUUUUUUAUUAUAUGAUUAUGAAAUCCUUUGUGGACAUUUGCUUUCUGAUACCGUAUAUAUGCAUGCCAACCAAAUCUAUUAUCAUGCCCUUCCAAGUCCAACAGGUCUGUAUGAUCUAAUUUAAUCCAAUCGCGAAUCCAGAAAAUGCAGGUUGCCUCAAAGUAUAAUUUUAAAUCUGGUAGAGAGAACCUCUCUGUCUUUAAUGUCAGUAAGAAGUUUAUAUUUUAUUCUCGGUUUCUUCCUUUUCCAGAUAAAUCUUGUAAUAUCCUUUUGCCAUUCUUUGAAGCAGCUCACAUUGCUUAUCACCGGGAUUGACUGAAAUAAGAAUGACAUUUUUGGGAAUACGUUCAUUUUAAUCACCAAAAUUCUUCCUAAAAGUGACAAAUUCAUUCUUCCCCAGAUCUCUAAGUUCCUUUUUAUUUCUUUCCAAACUCUUUCAUAAUUAUCUUUAAAUAUAUUAAUAUUCUUAGCUGUCAACCAUAUUCCCAAAUAUCUAACUUUUUUGUGAAUCUCUAUUUCUAACUUCUGCUGAAUCUCUUUCUUGUCUUGCUCUGAGACAUUUUUCACUAACAGUUUAGUUUGAAUUUUAUUUUGUUUUAAACCUGCCACCAGUCCAAAAUCCUAUAUUUUUUCUAAGACUUUCAGAAGUGUGCUUUUUGGAUCUUCCACUGUUAUUACAAGGUCAUCUGCAUACACUUUCAGCUUGUAUGCUUUAUUUCCUGAAAAGGAGUUACUAUUUCCUACUGUUUCUCCUCUGAUGCUUUCUUUUAUCAGUAUUUUCUACACUGCCCAGCAGUGACUCUCCGGCAUUGUAGGUGGGGCUUUGUAGUGCUACCUGGAGAUGCUGGAAUUGAACCUGUGAGUAUCUGCAUGGGUGCUAGCACUGAGCAAUGGCCCUUCCCUUUCAUCCUUACCUCUUGAUCUCUGCUGCUUUACAAUAAAAUUAACCAAACACACAUAUCUGAGAGCAGGACUUGUAUGUAUGCCUUGUUUUUUUAUUUGAAGAGAGUGUACUGAGGUGUACUGAGCUACCCUUAAGUAAGCAAAAUUCUAGCUCUGGUUGCUUCAAACUUUUUUAAAGAUUUUGCAUGGACAAGGGCCAUUUUCACAUGAAGAAAAUACUGCAACCUGUAUUUUUCCUACCACCAUUCCACAUAAUAGACUGCCAUUGGCUUGAACGGGGACAUUUUCAGAAUGUCAGUAUACACACUAAAACAUGCAGCUGUAAAAUUACUUGGGGGGAUUUUAUGCUUUGAUAAAGCUGCAGGAUAUUAAAAACCUGGCUGCAUACUAGGUCUGGUAGACAUUGCAUGUGCACUAUGGAAAAGGUAGAGAAGCAGAGAAGAAACAGAGAGUAAGUUGCUCCUUGGGCUGCAAGAGGCAAGUACUUCCUGCCUUGAAUAUCACAGUUCCUCGUCUCCUUGCAAACAUGAGAGAGUGAGAAUAGGGGCUAAAAAGGAGUUGUGGCCUGGAGAAGUGUCCAAUUCCCAGGUGGGGUGGGUGAGUGUGGGGUUGGGGUUUCUCACACAUAGAUAAAAUACAGUCUCUUACAAUUGCAAUAUGGGGAUAGACAAAGGAAAUGGUGUUGGACUUUUGGAGGAAGAGAGGAGUAUUAGCCCUGCUGUACAUCAGGGAGGGCUGUGUGGAGAGAGUCUCUUCUUUUAAAUUCCUAGGAGUUUAUCUCAGUGAAGACCUAACUUGGAAAGUCAGUACAACCCAGGUAGUUAAGAAAGCCCAACAGAGACUCCAUUUCCUUAGAGUAUUGCAAAAGAACUAUGUCAAUCAACAUUUGAUGAUCUCCAUCUACCGGUCCACAAUAGAAAGUGUCUUUUCAUACUCAUAGAAUCAUAGAGUUGGAAGAGACCACAAGGGCCAUCCAGUCCAACCCCCUGCUAAGCAGGAAACACCAUCAAAGCAUUCUUGACAUAUGGCUGUCAAGCCUCUGCUUAAAGACCUCCAAAGGAGGAGACUCCACCACACUUCUUGGCAGCAAAUUGCACUGUCGAACAGCUCUUACUGUCAGGAAGUUCUUCCUAAUGUUUAGGUGGAAUCUUCUUUUUUGUAGUUUGAAUCCAUUGCUCUGUGUCCGCUUCUCUGGAGCAGCAGAAAACAACCUUUCACCCUCCUCUA